AUGGGAUCAAGAGGCGAAUCAGACGAUCAGUUGACGUAUGAUACUAACUACACGCCACCGGCUACGUUGGAUUUUGAGACUCAACAACUCAUUGCUAGACUUGGUGCAGCUGCUGAGAUCGGUAGUCAACCCCGUGAUGAAGAAGUUAUUGCAAGAGAGAAGCAAAGCAGCAAAAGAAAGCUCAUCAGUUUGGUUGAUUCGGAAGAGGACUCUGAUGUUGAGAUCACUCCAACAUCUCAAACAACAAAGCCUCGGAGACCAACCACUUUUGGAACUGCUUCGCAGAAAUCCAUGGUCCAAUCCACACUAGAAAUUGGUAGUGGCUCAUCCAAGCAGGCGUGUAGUCAGAAGAAGUAUGUUCCUGUGAAGUCGGUUAUCCGUGGAGGGAGAAGAACCAAGGGCGUGUCUAAGGGCUCCGGUAGUCAGUCUCAGAAGAAGAAGAAGAAGAAGAUGGAAGAGGAGAUACCGGAGCUUGAGGAUGAACUGGAUGAAGAAGGGCUUGAUGAGCUUGAGCUCGGGGAAGAGGAAAGGGAAGAGAGGCAACGAUCAGAUGUGUGGAAAGAUUUUACGGUGGUCCAAAAACCCAAUGGAAAGCAGAAAGCUGCUUGCAAUCAUUGCAAGAGGGAAUAUGCAUGGCAGUCCCACUCGCAUGGAACCAGUGGGUUGAGAAGGCAUCGUAUGAGAUGUAAAAUAUAUCCAAGGAAUGGAGGAAGGCAGCAGCAACUCAAUGUCGAUGGAAGAGUUGUGUCUCGCAAGUAUGAUCAUGCUGUGUUCAGACAACUGGUAGCUAAGACAAUAGUCCAGCAUGAUCUACCGUACUCCUACGUGGAGUAUGAAAAGGUGAGAGACACAUGGAAGUAUUUGAAUGCUGAUGUCCAAACCAUAUGUCGAAACACAGCGAGAGCUGAUGUGUAUCGCUUAUAUGAAAGUGAGAGAGACACGCUGAAGAGAGAAUUGGCUAGUCUUCCUGGACGAGUCUCUUUCACCUCGGACUUGUGGACAUCAGUGAAACGGGAAGGAUAUAUGUGUGUGACAGCACAUUACAUUGAUCGGAAUUGGAAGUUGAAUAGCAAGAUCCUGACGUUUUGUGCUCUACCACCACCACAUACUGGUAUGAAUGUUGCUAUUCAGCUCCUUGAUUCACUAAAAGAGUGGGGAGUUCAUAAGACAGUGUUCUCGGUGACGUUAGACAAUGCCACCAGUAAUGACUCGAUGCAAGAUAUUGUGAAGUCACAGCUGAAUUUGGAUGAUGCUUUGCUGUGUGGAGGAGAGUUUUUCCAUGUGAGAUGUGCAGCGCACAUUCUUAACCUCAUAGUACAAGAUGGGUUGAAGGUAAUUGGAGACUCUUUGCACAAAGUAAGAGAGAGUGUUAAGUAUGUAAUGUCAUCGGAAACACGUGAAAACUUGUUCCAGAAAUGCGUUGAGGCUGCGGGUGUAGUAGAAACUGGGGGUCUACUCCUGGAUGUUCCGACAAGAUGGAACUCCACUUUCUUUAUGCUUGAAAGAGCCAUCAGGUACCGUCGAGCCUUUGCCAAGUUGGAGACAUUUGAUAAGAAGGGUUAUAAAAUGGCUCCCACUGCUGAGGAAUGGACAAGAGCUGAGAAUAUCUGCAAUUUCUUGGGUCUGUUUGCUGUAAUCACGACCUUGAUGUCUGGUUCGAACUAUCCUACUUCAAACUUGUAUUUCUAUCAGGUUUUCCAGAUCCAUAAUUGGCUUCGGAUCAAUGAGGAAAGCGAAGAUGAGAUUGUGAGAUACAUGGUGCCACCGAUGAAAGAGAAGUUCGAUAAAUAUUGGGAUGAAGUCAGUGGUCUUUUUGCAAUGGCAGCAGUCUUCGAUCCAAGGUUUAAGCUUUCCAUUGUCGAAUGCUGCUUGGAAAAGCUUGACAUGAGUACACGUGAUGCAAAGCUAAAGAACUUGCGUGAGAAGCUUAGUAUUUUGUUUGAGUCGUAUGACAAAAAAUCCAAGAAUAGCUCACCGUCUACAGAGCCACGAGAGACUGUUUCGCAAAAAGCUUCUGGAGCAGGGACAAUGGGACUGUUUGAGAACUACGGUGAUUUCUUUGCAUUUCGCAAAGUCAGUGGGGUUGCGACUGGAAAAACACCUCUAGAAGCUUAUCUUGAUGAACCACCUCUGGACAUUACUAAUUUUCAGAGCUUGGACAUCCUCGAUUGGUGGAAGGAUAAUGCCCAUCGGUAUGGGGAUUUGCCUGCAAUGACAUGUGACCUGCUAAGUAUUCCAAUCACAACAGUGGCUUCAGAGUCCUCUUUUAGCAUUGGAUCUAGAGUUCUUAACAAAUACAGGAGCCGUCUUCUCCGAAAAAAUGUGCAAGCUUUGAUAUGCACUAGAAAUUGGAUCAAGGGAUACGAAUCUUAUGCACAUGAUGAAGAAAUCGAUGGUGAUGGUGAAGAAGAGAAAGUGCCAUCAUUUCAGUCCAUUGUCAAUGGGGAAAAUGAAGAUGAGGAAGCUUGA